AACCCUCCAUUUUUCUCUCUGGGCAUUUAGACCACUGGCCCCGGAAGGAUCUGAAGGAAGAAUUUGAAUGAAAAACAUAAGCUGAAUGGUUUAGCCCUGGGUGUUUGACCCAGAGGGAGAAGCCCUUUUUGAAAGGAAAAGAGAUGCCGUUGUCAUUCUGGUGGCACAGGAACUUUCUCCCAGUCCAGAUAUUUAAUCCUUUUUGUUUCUCUUAAUCAUUAAUCCUGCCUCUGCUUGUCUGGGAAGUUGAACUAAUUAUUAUUUUUUAAACCCUGAAGUGGAGUGGGGACUUUUUUUGAAACUUAACUCAAAGAUGCAGACCUGUUCAGCCCGUGUUGGGAGGUGGCUGAAUUCAGAGUUGCCGUAGUUGCCUUAUUUUGUCUUACCUUCUGCGUUCACCAGAGGCAAUUUCCAUCUAAACCUGUGAGAUGACUUCAAUUUUUUUUUCUCCUGCAAGUCUGUUCCUCCAACAGGCUUGUGGAUGGCUCCUAGAAGAUCUUGAUUCUCUCCGGAGGAUACAUCGUUUAUCUGGGUCGGUUUCCUGUCACACUGCCCUGUCCCCACCCAGUCAACCAUGAACCAGCUGGACCCUGCUGAGGACCCAGGUGCCAGCCCUGCCCCGCUGUGUGUGGUGUGCGGCCAAGCCCACGCCCCUGAGGAAAACCACUUCUACACCUACACGGAAGAAGUGGACGAUGACCUCAUUUGCCACAUCUGCCUGCAAGCUCUGCUGGACCCUCUGGACACUCCGUGCGGACACACCUACUGCACACUCUGCCUCACCAACUUCCUGGUGGAGAAGGACUUCUGCCCUGUGGAUCGCAAGCCUGUGAUCCUGCAGCACUGCAAGAAAUCAAGCAUCCUGGUCAACAAGCUCCUCAACAAGCUGCUGGUGACCUGCCCGUUCACAGAGCACUGCGCGCAGGUGCUGCAGCGCUGCGACCUUGACCAUCACUUUCAAAUGAGCUGCAAAGGUGCCUCCCACUACGGCCUCACCAAAGACAGGAAGAGGCACUCUCAGGAUGGCUGUCCAGACGGCUGUGCCAGCCUCACAGCAACAGCACUCUCCCCAGAGGUUUCUGCAGCUGCCGCCAUCUCCUUAAUGACAGACGAGCCUGGCCUAGACAACCCUGCCUACGUGUCCACAGCAGAGGACGGUCAGCCAAACAGCCCCCUGGACUCUGGCCGGAGCAACCGAACAAGGGCACGGCCCUUUGAGCGAUCCACCAUCAGAAGCAGAUCUUUUAAAAAAAUAAACCGAGCCUUGAGUGUUCUUCGAAGGACAAAGAGUGGAAGUACAGUUGUCAACCAAGCUGAGCAGGGCAGAGAGAAUUCUGAAAACACCACUGCCCCUGACGUCUUUCCAAGGUUGUAUCACCUGAUUCCAUAUGGUGAAAUUACCAGAGUCAAGAUCAAUCGAACGGAUCCCAAUGAAAGCCUCUCCAUUAGGCUUGUGGGAGGCAAUGAAACCCCGCUGGUCCAUAUCAUCAUCCAGCACAUUUAUCGUGAUGGGGUGAUUGCCAGAGACGGCCGGCUACUGCCAGGAGACAUCAUCCUAAAGGUCAACGGGAUGGAUAUCAGCAACGUACGGCACAACUAUGCCCUGCACCUCCUGCGGCAGCCCUGCCAGGUGCUGUGGCUGAUGGUGCUGCGGGAGCAGAAAGUCCAGAGCAGGACUGAUGGGCAGCCCCUGGACACCUACGAACCCCAGGAUGACCAUUUCCACGUGAUCCUCAACAAAAGCAGCCCGGAGGAGCAGCUUGGAAUAAAACUGGUGCGCAAGGUGGAUGAGCCUGGGGUGUUUAUUUCCAACGUUCUGGAUGGUGGCGUGGCGGACCGACACGGUCAGCUGGAGGAGAACGAUCGUGUGUUGGCCAUCAAUGGACAUGACCUUCGGUACGGCAGCCCGGAAAGUGCAGCUCAUCUGAUUCAGGCCAGUGAAAGGCGCGUUCACCUCGUCGUGUCCCGCCAGCUUCGGCAGCAGAGUCCUGACAUCUUUCAGGAAGCUGGCUGGAACAGCAGCGGCAGCCGGUCCCCAGGGCCAGGGGACAGGAGCAACCCUCCCAAGCCCCUCCACCCUGCGGUCACUUGUCAUGAGAAGGUGGUAAGUGUCCAAAAAGACCCCAGUGAAUCACUCGGCAUGACCGUUGCAGGGGGAGCAUCACAUAGGGAGUGGAAUUUGCCAAUCUACGUCAUCAGUGUUGAGCCCGGAGGAGUCAUAAGCAGAGAUGGAAGAAUAAAAACAGGUGACGUUUUGUUGAAUGUGAACGGGAUCGAACUAACAGAGAUCAGCCGGAGCGAGGCGGUUGCUUUAUUGAAAAGCACAUCCUCCUCGGUGGUACUUAAAGCUUUGGAAGUCAGAGAACGUGAGCCCCAGGAAGAAGGCAGCAGCCCAGCAGCGCUGGACUCCAACCACAGAGUCACGGCCCCACCUGGCAACCGGUCCCCCUCCUGGGUCAUGUGGCUGGAAUUACCACGGUACCUGUACAACUGUAAAGAUGUUAUACUGCGAAGAAACACAGCUGGAAGUCUGGGCUUCUGCAUUGUAGGAGGUUAUGAAGAAUACAAUGGGAACAAACCUUUUUUUAUCAAAUCCAUUGUUGAAGGAACACCAGCAUACAACGAUGGAAGAAUCAGUAUAGCUAGUAACUGUAUACAAACUCUACGUGCUGCUCAACCAAUGAGCCUUGGAAGAAGCAUCAAGAAAGGCCAAACCAGCUUGACCUAGCUCAUAAAAGAUGGCGUUGAGGCAAUUCAAAUUUGUGUCACAGUGACGAGUAUUUGUCCAUGUGCCUGCCAGAAACUACAUUUAGGGCAAGUUAUUUCACAGGCCACCCAAAUACCGUUAGAUUUUAUUACUUUGGAUAGAAAAGUUCCCCUUUAGUUUCACCAUGAACCCAAAUUUUAGAACACUGAAAACCUGCUAUCAAAAAGUUGCAGUAUCAAAACUGUAUGAGGAGUUCUUUAAGAUGCAAAGCAACAGUGCCACAGCAGUGAUGAUAAAAGAAAGACUAGUUUUAAUCUCAAGACAACUCAGAGGUGCAUUCUGAUGCAUUUUGCAGUGCAACUUCUUAAGAGACUGGUAUUUGAUUAACUAACUAACUCAAGGAAACUGGCCAAGAGGGAACCUUGACCUUUAUCAAUCAGAUAUUAUGUACACAGCUAAACAUAGCUCUUUAAAUUCCCUGCUGAGUGACUCAUUCACAUUACUUUCUUCGAUACAAAGUCAUUACUGUCUUUUUAUUUUUUAAAUA